AGGAAGCGUUACAAACCAAUACCCUAAGAAAAAAAAACCCCCAAUAUAAUAGAUCAUGUUUUUUUGGCUGAUCUCACAUGAUUAGAUCUUAUCUCAACUUCCCAUCUUUGUUCAGAAGGUCAGUGGGCAACAUCAAUUACCACAUUUAACACCUCUGGUUCUCUGAUUAUGAAUUCUACAGCUGCGUCGCUGAGGACUACUGCACAGCAUCCAUGGACUGGGAGGACAUCUUACCCUUAUCUAAAUGACAUUACAUCUGCCAGGACUACUGCACAGCAUCCAUGGACUGGGAGUACAUCUUACCCUCAUCUAAAUGACAUUACAUCUGCCAGUGUGGGUACACCAUUUACGGAUUAUGAUUAUUAUUUGUACUACAAAAAUGGUGAUGAUCCAUCUGCAUUGCCCUGUGAUUAUGGAACUCAUGGAGCUAGCAUUCUCCCUGUGUUAUAUUCCUUGUUUUUCAUCGUUGGCUUUCUGGGUAACAUACUGGUGAUCUGGGUGGUCUUGCUGGGUGUGAAGCUUAGAAGCAUGACUGACAUCUGUCUUCUGAACCUUGCUGUAGCUGACCUGCUCUUGGUCUGCUCCCUCCCCUUCCUAGCACACAGUGCCAGAGACCAGUGGAUCUUUGGAAAUUUCAUGUGCACUGUGGUUUUCAGUGUCUACAACAUUGGAUUCUAUAGUGGGAUAUUCUUCAUUGUUCUGAUGAGUGUUGAUCGAUACUUAGCUGUAGUUCAUGCUGUGUUUGCUUUGAGAGUCAGAACAAGGACAUAUGGGAUCUUAGCCAGUGUGAUCAUAUGGAUCAUUGCAGUUUCAGCAUCCUUUCCUGAGUUGUUAAAUCUCAAAACCACACAGAUGAGUAGUUUAACUUACUGUAUAUAUUAUCCAACAAAUAAUGUAGAUUCUAGUCAUUAUUCAAUGAUUAUUGGCAUCUUUAGAAAAAAUAUCAUGGGUUUAAUUCUUCCACUUAUUGUUAUUGGAUUUUGUUACUCAAUGAUUCUGAUGAAACUCCUGACAGUUCGCUCUCCCAGGAGGCAGGCUAUCCGUCUUGUCAUCACGGUAAUGGUGGUCUUCUUCUGCUGUUGGGCUCCAUACAAUGUUGCAGCUUUUGUGAAAGCCUUAGAGCUGAGUAAAUAUACAAACUCAACUUGUGAGAGCAGUAAGGCAAUCAAAAUAAGCUUGCAGAUCACAGAAGCUUUGGCUUACUCACACAGCUGUGUGAAUCCCUUUCUUUAUGUGUUUGUGGGAGAGAAAUUUAGGAAGCAACUUUUCAGACUCCUGUACAGGACACCCUUCAGUAGAGUGCAGUUUAUGAAGAGCUACAUUAUACAGGGCACAGGAUCUGUUUACUCACAGACCACUAGUGUGGAUGAGAGAUCAGCUAUAGCAGUUUAAGUAAAAUAAAAAAUAAAAAAUACAUAAGCAAACAAGAAAAUUAAUCAGUUGAUCAAUCAAUUAAUAUAUAAAGGACUUACUUGCCUAGUGAAGAUGAGGCCCAGAAUAAAUUAGCAGUUUGAGUGGAAAUUUUAUCAGAAAGCUGUAAAUAUACGAGGGCAUGUUUUGAACAUUCAAAUGUUUACAUUUAUUUUUCAUAUGAUCAUGUUUUUUUUUUGUUUUUUUUUUUCUGGCAACUAUAUUUACUUUUUACUUUACAUGUGCAUACACACAUACAUGUAUUUUACUGUUACUGUUGGUUUUGUUAUAUGUAAAACUAUAUGAACUAUCCUUUGUAAGAAUACAUAGCUUCAAUAAAAAUGUAUGUAAGUUUGUGGCUCACAUUGCAGAGUGAUAAUUUGACAUUACCACAUUACCGGUCAUACACAGCAAGAAGGUCAGAUGAUAACACUUUACAAUGUUGACCCAUAUAGUCAUAAUAUUCAUUAAUGUUAGUUAAAAAAAAAGUAAAUAUAUAAAUAAAUAUAUAUAUAUAUGGGCCACCUGCAUUUAAAUAGCCAUUAUAUGUCUAUCUUAAAGGGUUAAUUCACCCAAUAAUGAAAAUCAUGUCAUUAAUAACUGUUAAUAACUCACAACAGACAUGGAAGAGAAUACAAUGAUGAAUAAAGUCAUAGUUUUUGCUAUUUUUGUACCAAAAAGUAUUUUCGCUGCUUCAAAAAAUUCUAACUGACCCUCUGAUGUCACAUGGACUACUUUGAUGAUGUUUUUCUUACCUUUCUGGACAUGGACAAUACCUACAGUACACAUAGUUUCAAUGGAGGGACUGAAAGCUCUCUGACUAAAUCUAAAAUGUCUUAAAUUGUGUUCUAAAAAUAAACAGAGGUCUCACAGGUUUGGAACGACAUGAGGGUGAGUUAUUAAUCACAUAAUUUUGAUUAUUGGGUGAACUAACCCUUUAAGGACUAGUAUGAUCAGCUAUAUAGCUUAUUGGAAUCAUGCAAAUGCACUUAUUUUUGAGUGAAUGACCUUGUCAUGCUUGUCAUGUGACGCACAGCAGUAGGCUAAUGUAUUAUUUAAUUAUCUUUUUAUUCGAAAGUGUUAACUGUUUCAUAAAAUAUCUAGGUUCUCAAAUAUAUGUAAGUAUAUGCAUUUUGCAACUUUAAAGAUCAUGUUAGUUGAUCUAUACAAGAUGAUGAGCAAAGUAGCCUAAUGUAAAUGUAAUGUAUUAAAUACCCAUAAAACCUGUCUUUUUACUUAUGUACAGUAGGCUACUUUACUUAGGCUGU